AUGACUCGUUCGAGGGACCUUGUGGUCUGCUCAUCACUCAUCGGGAUACAUGGGAGAGUAAGCUGGGAGAUGAGUUUACUGGGUCUGGUAAAACACAAGCUUUCACUAGGUGGUGAGUGUGAUGAUACAAGCUCUCACUGUGAGUGUGGUGAUACAAGCUCUCACUGUGAGUGUGACGAUACAAGCUCUCACUGUGAGUGUGGUGAUACAAGCUCUCACUGUGAGUGUGGUGAUACAAGCUCUCACUGUGAGAGUGAUGAAACAAGCUCUCACUGUGAGAGUGAUGAUACAAGCUCUCACUGUGAGUGUGAUGAUACAAGCUCUCACUGUGAGUGUGACGAUACAAGCUCUCACUGUGAGAGUGAUGAUACAAGCUCUCACUGUGAGAGUGAUGAUACAAGCUCUCACUGUGAGUGUGAUGAUACAAGCUCUCACUGUGAGUGUGACGAUACAAGCUCUCACUGUGAGAGUGAUGAUACAAGCUCUCACUGUGAGUGUGAUGAUACAAGCUCUCACUGUGAGUGUGACGGUACAAGCUCUCACUGUGAGUGUGAUGGUACGAGCUCUCACUGUGAGUGUGACGGUACAAGCUCUCACUGUGAGAGUGAUGAUACAAGCUCUCACUGUGAGUGUGAUGAUACAAGCUCUCACUGUGAGUGUGACGGUACAAGCUCUCACUGUGAGAGUGAUGAUACAAGCUCUCACUGUGAGUGUGACGGUACAAGCUCUCACUGUGAGAGUGAUGAUACAAGCUCUCACUGUGAGUGUGACGGUACAAGCUCUCACUGUGAGAGUGAUGAUACAAGCUCUCACUGUGUGAUGAUACAAGCUCUCACUGUGAGUGUGACGGUACAAGCUCUCACUGUGAGAGUGAUGAUACAAGCUCUCACUGUGUGA